CCAGUCAACCUCUCACUCUUGACUUUCUCCAGAACAGUCAUCUCUUUCCACUCUUCACUCCCUCAAACUCCCAAUCCCUGACAAACCCUAAAAAUUCCACUGUAAAUAAUAAUAAAAAAAAUACCCAAAGGGAGAGCGAUAACCAUCAAAGAUGACGAUCAAGCAGCUUCUCUCUCUAGCUCGGCGGUUAAGCAAGCCUUCCUCUUCUUUCAACAUAUCCCGUUCGUCUUCCUCCGCCGCAUCUCGUCUCGCCGCCGCUGCCACUUCGGAUUCUGCUGAAAUCAGCCCUCCUCCACCAACGGCCAUGAUCUACGACAGGUUAUCCCUCUCCGUUAAAUCAAAGCUCCAAAAACUCGAAAACCCCGAUCCCCGUUUCCUCAAAUACGGUUCCCCUCAUCCAGCUGUUGUUUCCCACACGCACAUGCUAUCUUCCCCUGAAACCAAAAUUACAACUUUGCCCAAUGGCCUUCGUGUCGCCACUGAAUCUACUCUAUCUUCCCGCACGGCCACGGUUGGGGUCUGGAUCGAUGCGGGGUCGAGAUUUGAGACUGAAGAGACUAAUGGAACGGCGCACUUCUUGGAGCAUAUGAUAUUUAAAGGGACAGAGAGGAGGUCUGCCAGGGACUUGGAGGAAGAGAUUGAGAAUAUGGGAGGGCAUUUGAAUGCUUAUACAUCGAGGGAGCAAACCACUUAUUACGCUAAAGUUAUGGAUAAAGAUGUAUUUAAAGCGUUGGAUAUAUUGGCUGAUAUUUUGCAGAAUUCGAAGUUUGAGGAACACAGGAUUCGUAGGGAAAGAGAUGUGAUUCUAAGGGAAAUGGAAGAGGUCGAGGGUCAAACAGAGGAAGUUAUUUUUGACCAUUUGCAUUCAACUGCUUUCCAAUACACUCCUCUUGGUAGAACUAUUCUGGGACCUGCUGAUAAUGUCAAGACAAUCACCAAAGGGCAUCUGCUGAACUAUAUUCAGACACACUACACCGCCCCUAGAAUGGUCAUUGCAGCUUCUGGAGCUGUUAAGCAUGAGGAAAUUGUAGAGCAAGUAGAGAAGUUAUUUACCAAGUUAUCAUCUGAUCCAGCCACAGCUUCUCAGUUAGUUGUGAAAGAACCAGCCACUUUUACUGGUUCUGAGGUCAGAAUAAUCAAUGAUGAUAUUCCUCUGGCGCAAUUUGCAGUUGCUUUUGAGGGAGCAUCUUGGACAGAUCCAGAUUCCAUUGCUCUAAUGGUUAUGCAGGCUAUGUUGGGUUCUUGGAGCAAAAAUGCUGGGGGUGGAAAGCACAUGGGUUCUGAGCUUGCACAAAGAGUUGGCAUUAAUGAAAUUGCAGAAAGCAUGAUGGCUUUCAACACCAACUAUAAAGAUACUGGUCUUUUUGGUGUCUAUGCUGUUGCCAAGCCUGAUUGUUUGGAUGAUUUGGCCUAUGCUAUUAUGCAUGAGACAACCAAGCUAGCUUAUCGUGUUUCAGAAGCUGAUGUCAUUCGUGCUCGUAAUCAGUUAAAGUCAUCCUUGAUGCUUCAUAUGGAUGGAACUAGUCCUGUUGCUGAGGAUAUUGGCCGUCAGCUACUUACAUACGGUCGGAGAAUCCCAUUUGCUGAAUUAUUUGCUAGGAUUGAUGCUGUUGAUCCAAGCACUAUUAAACGAGUUGCAGACCGAUUUAUCUAUGACAAGGUAGCAUAUUGCAAUUGCUGCAAUGGGUCCGGUCCAGGGUUUGCCCGACUACAACUGGUUCAGACGCAGGACCUACUGGAACCGUUAUUAGAUGAUUUUGGUUUGACUUUCUCAAUGGAUUAUCACCUGUCCUUGGCAAUCACAAACUUUCCGGUACUUAUACACCAAUUUCCGGAAGCACACCUAAGGGUGGCCUUUCUAUUCGUUGUGUAGGGUUCUUAGUUUCAUCAAUUCAGUAAUAAGCAUUGCUGUCUUUAGUAUUUGUUGUGAGAAUCAGGAGACUUGGAUGAGCCUGAUGUUGAGCUGGGACCGUUUUAAUGGCAAAAUUCUGAUCAAUUUCUUUC